GCCGUUGCUGUUGCAUCCCGCACCGGCAAGCAAGGAUGGCAGGCAAUCCUGACGCCUCCAACCUUCCCAUAGGAAACCUGGAAGAACUGGAGCAGAUUCACAAGAAGGAACGGAAAGAUUUGCAAUCUAAAAUACAAGCAUUGAAGAAGUCGUGUGCCAAGGGUGACAAGAAGAAAAAGAAGGAAGUUGCAGAGGAAAUAGUGAAAUUGGAAGCUGAUUUGGAGAAGAGGCAGCAAGAGCAGAUUUCACAGUUCGAGAGCGCACAACCAGCACCAGUUGCUGAGGUUACUGGUCAAAUUGAUGGGCUAGCUUUGGAGGAAGAAAGCUCAAAAGGUCCCAGAUUAACAAAGGCUCAGAAGCGGCGAGACAAGAAGGCAGAAAAGGAUAAAGAGCGUGAAAUUCAGAUAGCCCAGCAGGAGCAGGAGAACAAAUUUGGCCCCAGGAACAGAGAGGAAGUCGCAAUCAAAGAGCUCCUAAAGGCCAGGAACCUGCAACUCUUCGAAGUUCCCUCCAACGGUGACUGUUUAUAUCUGGCCAUUGAGCAUCAGCUGAAGGAAAAGAGCCGCCCGUCGAAAGACGUGUCUGAAUUGAGACGGGUGACUUCGGCGUACCUCCGCAGCCACGAGGACGACCUGCGGCCGUUCACCUGUAACCCCAGCACCGGGUGUGAAUUCUCCUCAGAGGAGUACAGCCAGUACUGUGAUCGAGUCGAGAGGGACAGCUCAGAGUGGGGUGGACAGCUGGAGCUUCAAGCCUUGUCCGAAGCUCUUUCGACGCCAAUCGAAGUGCUCCAAGCUGAAGGCGCCCCUGUGAUUCUGGGCGAAAACCACAGACCUACGGCUGCACUGGUGCUCACCUACCACCGACACGCCUUUGGCUUGGGCGAGCACUACAACUCCGUGGCCCAAGUUUAA